UAACAAAUACAGUUACUCUUGUGGCACAAGAAACCUAAUUUAAACCACUGAGCUGUAGAACACCAAUCAGUAAUAGCAUCAGUGAAGCGACUUGCAGGAAUGGAAUUCAUCUUCAAGGAAGGGCUGGUGUACCUUCAGGGAUUCAAGUUUGGAAAGAGAACAUGGCGGAAAGUAUGGAUGGUGCUCUACAAACCCAGUUCCACAGGGAUUGGCCGGUUGGAAAUCUACAGUGUACACACGGACAACAUUGACCACAGGAAGUUGGGUCGCCACAAAGCACCAGAAAGAAAAGUUGUGCGUCUAAGUGAUUUCCUCAGUGUCACCCCUGCAACAGAGGAGUCCUGCCCCGAAGGAUGCAUUGCUUUCUACCUUCACACGACACAGUGCAUCUACACUCUGGCCUCUACAACAAGCCAGGAGUGGCUGAGUGCCCUCUGUCUUCUAGCGUUCCAGAAGGAUUCUGAAGAAUCAGACAAAGGUGGUUUGGAGAGAGGAAAUUGCUUGACCAUGGAGAACAAUGAACUUUACUCAUCUUGGAAUACUGAUCUGAUCCUUCCUCCAAACCGGUACCAAGUGACUGUCCUAAGCACAGAAGCAUCCAGGAGGUGCAAACUGUCUGGGGAGUAUCUGGUCUCCCCAGAAAAAGAGGCCAUUAUACUGCUGACCUGCAAUACUAGUCACACGGUCUACUACUGGCCGUACAGGCUAUUGCGCAAAUUCGGACAGGUUGAGGGGGGAUUCAGCAUUGAAGCAGGCCGUCGCUGUCAGUCUGGGACAGGACUGUUCAUCUUCCUGUCCACUCGUGCUCCUGAGGUCUUCCGGAUUAUAUUAGAGCAGUGCUCUGCAGUGGGGAGCUCAUCUGUUCAGCCUCUCAGCAUCGACAGAGGAUCAUUAUGUGCCCAGUCCCCCGAUGUCCUCCCAACUUCAACUAACCAGCCCGCUGCACCUCUUGUCUAUAGUUCUGCAGAUGUUUCUGCUCAGACAGGGGACGAGCCUGCCAACCAAUGCUCUUCUAAUGACACCGCUGUACCAAACGUGAUGCCACUAUCUCACAUUUCUAACAGCAGGGAGGCUGUGGGAGAUGAAAGUGAGGAGGAGGAGGAUGAGCAGUGUCAUUCCCUGGAGGCUCUGCACCUGGACGGUGACAUGGAUGACAACAUUUACUACAACUUGAGGAGAUUCUCUCCUCGUGUGAUCAGGAAGGACAACUCGGAGUGCAUCUAUGGGGAUGUGAAAAUAGCUGAAUCUCCCUCUGUCUCCCCACUGCAGACUUUCUCCUCACCCCUUCAUCACCCCGAUCCCCACUCUCCUCCUUGCAGCCUCUACCCCAAGCCUAGAUGCCAGCGUCAGCCCCAUGUGAAUAAUUUAAUCCAGCCAUGGCUCAGUACUCAGGCACAGGCAAUGGAUGACAUGAAGGAGAUGGAGGGGACCAUCAGCUCCUCUGCCCAUGCCACCCCCACCGAGGACCCCAGCAGUUUUAAAUACAGGCUUGCAGAAAUCAUUUCUAAGGACCUGGCAAAGUUCCAGCCACCUCUCCCCUAUGGUGUGGGCAGCCCAACAUUUACUCAGUAGGCUAUUAGUUAGCAGACAGACAAGGAGGGGCAAUUUUAACCAUGAUGGAUUGUCACGAGGGAUCUUUUUUUCCCCCCUUUUCAUUUCUUUAAAACACCCUUCACUGGGAACAUUAGAUGUCAAAUGUUUGGCUUGCGGAUGUUCUUGUAUUUAUCUGUGGAGCCUGUCGCUUUACUCAGUGGAUUGUUUUUGGGAAAAAAAACAGCAUUUAAUAAAUGUUGUUCUUCACUGCUGGAACAUUAGAGAGGAUGUGGGUCCCUGUGACAUCGCAAUUAGUUGAUAAGCUGAAUGAAAACCUGAUUAUUAAUGAAAACAGCUUUGAAAUGGACUUUCCCCCCCCCCUCCCCAUUUGAUGUGCACGGUGCAUAAUAAGAGUUUUGCAGCAAUGCAAAAAGACCAACAACCCUAAUUGUGUUUUUGCUUUUUGAACACGCCGUAUGUGCAACUGUCUGCUUCACAUGGUGGAAAAUAUAGAAAUGUAUUGAAUAUGUUGCCGACUGAAGUAUGAAAGACACAAAGACAACGUAAAAUGCAUAGUUGUUUCUUAACUAUAUCUUUAUUGUUGCAAACUAGUUUUCAUAAAAUACUCAUAGCUAAACAUAAAUAUCAAAAUAAUUAUUUUUUAAUUUAGUCAAAAGUCAUGAGUCACUUGUGAUGUUCAGGGCAUAUAAAGUGCAUAAAAAGGCCUUUGGAAGUUCAAGGUGGCCUGAAGUCAAACAUUCUCAGGUGUUUCAGUGGUUUCUACAUUAUUUUUCCAUUUGGCAGUGCUAGUUAUCAUGAAGGAGAAUACAUGUAGGAACUAUGGUGGACAUUUCUACACGCUGUAGUAUUUGGUUCUCCUACAAGAGUCACUGCAGUGUAAAUUGUCAGGAAUCAGUGCUCAAUGUUCUGUCAUUGUCUCCCACUGUGGCUUUCCUCCAUGUCACUGAGAUGCGAGGAUUCGCCAUCACUGCAGUGGGAUGAGGCCAUGGAUUUAUUUGACCCCCGGUCAGAUGUAGGUCCAAGUAUAAACAGGUGGCCCACGGAGGCACCGGGGUCUCGCUGUCCUCCCAUCAGCUGGUCCUGCGCACUGACCGCAGGCAGCAGAGUCUGGAUCAGACUUCUCCUGCAGGUAUUGUCUGGUGAGCUCAUGCGCUCCGACUGAACCACGCCGGCCAGGACCUCCGACAGCUCAGUGAUGUAAAUCUGCGCCAUUUGCAGAGUGUCAUAUUUGGACAACUUCUUCUCAUUCUCCAUUGACGGGAUGACGCUCCUCAGCUCGUCAAACGCUUUGUUCAGGCCGUGCAUCCUUCUCCUCUCUCUGGCGUUGGCUGCUACCCGCCGGUGUCUCUGUGGACCAGUGUAGUGGAUCGUCUUGUCUCCCUCUCCUGCACUCUCACAGUCUGU